AUGUUGCGUCGUGAUCAACAUACAAUUACAGAGAUACCAUAUUAUUCAUUGAAAACUUACUUUGGACUAACUAUAAACGAUUUUUUGCGACUUAUUAGUUCAUUACUACUUCCACUUGCAUUAGGAAUUUUUACAGUAGUAAUUACUUUUCAUCAACAAAAUGUUGCUACCAAGCAACGUCUUGAAGAUCGAGCAUUGGCUGAACGACAACGUGAACAAGAUUUGAACAUAUCACGUGAACAACGUUUGCAAGACUUAAAUAUGUUUGCUAUUCAAAGAGAGUAUGAUUUGAAUAUUUCACGUGAACAACAUCAACUAGAUAAAGAUAUUGCAGAAGAAAGACGAAUUCAAGAAAAUAUAAUAGCUGAGAAACAACGAAAUCUAUCCGAACAACAACGAGCUCAUGAACUUAAGAUUGCUCAAGAACAAUUGCGUGAUUCUUUACUUGUCAAUUAUAUGAAUGAUAUUGGACUACUACUUAAAAAUAACAAUGGAUCAUUAACAUCUGAUUCAGUAACCGCUAUUCUUGCUCGAGCGAAAACACUCGUUGCUAUUCAACAACUUGAUGCUGCUAGAAAUGCUUUUUUAAUACAAUUUCUUUACGAAGCUAAACAAUUGAUCAAUGGUGCAAAUCCUCUUGACAUUUCAGAUGCUGAUCUAAAUGGUAUCGACCUAAGUAGCGAGACGAUCUUUCACAAAAAAUUACAUAAUCUAUCAUUGACUGGCACCGUUUUACGAAAUGUAUCGUUUUCUAAGUGUGAUCUGUCCUAUGCUAAUUUUAGUGGUUCAGAUUUGAGAGAUGCGAGAUUUAUUGAAACUAAAUUGGAUUAUGUCGAUUUUUCAAGAUCUAGCAUUGUACGAACGGAUUUUUCAGAUGCCGUCUUACGGUAUACUAAGUUCAUUGAUGUUCAGUCGCGCCGUAUUAUUUUUCGACAUGCGGAUUUAACGAAUGCUUCAUUCAUCUCAAGUGUGUUAGGACAAGCUGUAUUCGUUAACAGUUUUUGCCAAAAUGUUAAUUUUUCCGAUGCCAGUCUUAAGCAAGCGGAUUUUACGAACGCCAAAUUAAAAGAUGCAAUCUUAAUAAGAACACAACUAGAACGAGCGAAUUUUUCUCGUGUUAAUCUUUCGGGAAUGACCCUGUACAAACUUAAUCUAUUAACAUCCAAUUUUACAGAUGCUAGAUGCGUAGAAACUGUAUUUGCUCGAGCGAACUUGAAUAGUGCUCAUUUUACUCGAUCUAAUCUAUUGGAUGCCGAUUUUAGUUUUGCUGAUAUGGAAAAAAUUAAUUUUUUUAAAGCUAAUCUAAGAUUAGCUACUUUAUUAAAUACGAAAUUAGCAGAUGCAAUUUUUUUCCAAGCUAAUGUUAGUAUGGCCAAUUUUUCAUUUUCAAUUAUGUCAGCAAAGACAAAUAUUUCUAAUGAACAGCUAUUAAGUAGUGCUUCAAUACGAGGCGCUGUACUACCUAACGGUUCUGUUAUUACUCAAGAUCCUAAUUUAUUACGUAAUGGUAAUGCUAAUUGCGACAAUUAUUCAUCUAUGAGUGAUUGGGAAGUAAGACCACCAAAUACCAUUAUCAUUUCGAGUAUAAAUAAUGAUUCACUCAACUGUGUAUUCACUAGUUUAACAAAGAAUACAUCCAUUAUGAUUCAACACGUUAAUCUGAAACGAUAUGUUGAUUUGACAAGUCGCUAUCGUGUUGUUAUUUUUGUAUCGGCUCGCGGUGGUGGCCAUGGUACGUCAAUUCGAGUCAAUAACCAUAAGGGUAUUCCAAUUGGUAUCACGAGUUUCAAACAAGAAAGAAAAUCGAUUAAUUCAAUUGAACAAUUAUCAAAUGAAAUUUUUUAUGAAAUUUUUGACUAUCCUCUUUGCCAAGAUAUUUAUAAAGCAUUUUCAAAUCUUAAUAAUCGUUUUGAAACUCUUCUCUUUAAUUCAUCAUAUCUUCUAAAAAUUCGAUUUUCUUCUGAACCAGAAGCAAUAUUGGAAGAUCAUUAUAAACAUAUCAUCGAUUCAGAUAAAUAUCAAAUUAUUUCAUUCGAUUCUAGUCAUCAAUCACUUAUGAAUCAUCUUUAA